AUGUCGCAGAACCGCGGGCAAUCACCUAGGCGAAGGACGCCUACUCCGACACUAACCAUUGGUUACGGGCCACACUCCCAUGUCACAGUACCACGAUUUAUCCAGUAUGCUUGCGAACAACGUCGAUUCGAGACUUUCGCCGGCUGGACGGGUCCUCCAACGUUACUACGAGACCUGGCCGCUGCGGGGUUCUUUUACAUUGGCGUCGGAGAUCAAGUAACGUGCUAUGAGUGUGCGGUACGAAUUGGCCGAUGGGAAGAGGGCGAAGACCCGGUAGCCAGCCAUCGGCGUUGGCAGCCCAAUUGCCGGUUCGUUCAAACUCUACCUAUCGUCGAUAUAACAUUAACUCCAGUCCCAGCCCCUACGCCAGCUGAGCAACCCGGACGGGGGAGUCUCCUCAUGGACGGGAAUUAUUUUGUUAUACCUGACCCUCCCGCCGAACAGAGUUCACCCAAGGUCCCACAAUUCCUCAAACUUGGGCACCUGAAUCUAGCGAAACCACGGGGCCCCAUGUAUCCCGAAUGUUCGAGCUACGAACGAAGACUUGAAAGCUUCCACGACUGGCCAACCACUAAUCUCCAAUCCAAGGAACGGUUAGCGGAAGCCGGAUUCCUGUACGCCAAUUGUAACGACCAGACCCUGUGCUUCCACUGUGGUGGGGGACUAAAAUAUUGGAUAAAGGAAGAUGAUCCAUGGGUCGAGCAUGCGAAAUGGUUUAAUAAAUGUUAUUGGUUAUGGUCAGUAAAGGGCCAGUCAUUCAUCGAUCGUGUCCAAGAACAAAUGGGCAUUCCAAUACUCCCAGAUAACCCUGAGCCCCCAGAGCGGGUAAUUAGAGUGUCCGAGUGCGAACGCGAGCCCGAAAUUUGUCGCGAAGAGGGAAGCGACGCGGAAACGGUUGUUGAAUCCACAUGGGGGACUGAAGACCAAAAUCGGUGUAAAAUAUGCCUGUGCGAGGAGCUGGGAAUAGUAUUUCUACCAUGUGGCCAUUUGGUAGCCUGCGCGAAGUGUGCCCCUAGUUUAACCCGCUGCGCUGUCUGCCGAGAACUUAUUGUCUUGGUAGCCCGCGCUAUAAUUUCGUAA